AUGCAUGUAAACCUCACAUCAAUAUUGACUGAAAGUCCGAUUGAAAUGUUUGAUCGAAUUCUUUCUUGGCAGUAUUACAUGCUUCGCAUGAUAGGACUUGAUGGAUUCAGCAAGCAGUUGUCCGUUAACAUUCUCACCUUAGGAAUAUUUUUUUUAGCGAGUAUGUUUAUGGUAGUCUCAUUUUACGACUUAUUCGUUCUUUUUCGAAAGGAUCUAUUAGGCAAAACAUUUGUGCUUACCACCAUUUGUUUUGGUUUUAUCGGUUGGGGAAGAUUAGUCAAUAUUUUCACACAUAGAAACUUUCUUCCAGUAUUAAUGCAAAUGGCUAGAGCCACUUAUGUUAGAGGUACUUUUGAUAGACGACAAACAUUUAUUCUAGAGCAAUACACUUCAAUUUAUAUGCAUGGAGUGUUGCUGUACUCGACAGUGUUCUUGGUCGGAGUGAUUAUAGCAUCUGUAGGACCUGCAAUGAUAUUUCAACUCAGUGGCGAAACAAUUCUUCCUUUUGGUGUAUACCUCCCAUUUGUUGAUCCAAACUCUGAAACAGGAUAUGAACUCAACUAUUUAUACCAGCUAAGUUGUAUGCUUUGGACACCACCUGGAUUGACUGCGACACAAAAUAUUUACUUUGCAUUGAUUCUCAACAUUUGUAUCCAGUAUGAUGUAUUGCAGCUACAUCUAGAAGACUUGAAUUUACUUAUUCAGGAAACCAGCUUAAUGACAAAAGAACAAGUUAUAGCGGAGAAGUUACGGGAAAUAAUUAUCAAUCAACAGCGCCUGGCUCAAUUCGUCAAUUCCAUUGAAUCAGUUUUUUCGAUUGUCACAAUAAUAGAAGUGCUGUCCAUGACAUUUCAAUUGGUGUUGACAUUAUUUGUAAUGCGUUCAAAACUAUGGCCACCAGGGAUAUUCUUGAUUCCACUGUGCACGAUACAGUUAUUCAUUAUGUGUGUACCAGGGACAAUAAUAGACAUCAAAGCUUCAAAGCUGACGGAAAGAAUGUACAGUGUUACGUGGCAUGAGCUGCAUGCAAAAAAUAAGCGAAUCUAUCAGUUACUACUUCAUCGAAGCCAGCACCCUCGAUGUCUCACGUGUGCUGGCAUGGUCAACAUGGAUAUGCAUUUAUUCAUGAGCGUUGUAAAAAAGGUAUAUUCAAUUACAGAGCGUGCUCUCGGAGCGGUGAAGGAAACAGUCGGGAAUUGCAGCGUCCAGCGGGAUGAUCUUCGUCGUCGAAUAAACGAAAAGUACCUGCCCCUGCAGAAGUUCAUACCGACGGAUCUGAAGGAAGAGCUAGAGCUGUUAGAUCUUUCGCUAACCUCGAUAAGCGCAACAAUGGAAGACUACCAGACUGCGUACAAGAGGACCAAGUUGAUCCGUACCGAUUACUUCACGGUGUACGAUCGCAUCAAAAUGGGGAUUGAGAAUGCCGAGAUGAUCAUCUCCAAACACAGUGUGGAUCCGAGCGAGCUAUAG